UCAUAGACAGACUAAUAUAGAACAUGUGUUAUAUAUAGUAAUGAAAUGAUCAAACGAAUUUAUAUAUAAGGUCAACGCUUUUACACCAAUUCUAAUAAUUAUCAAAUUAUUAAAAAGGUAUCAGCUCCACUUAAGAUCCAAAUCCCUCAUCAUCAACUCUCCUAUAUAAACAUUCGAACUUCUUAACGAUUCGUCUCAUAAAAAAAGGAAAAAAAAAAUACAAGAAAGAAAACACUAUCCACAAAAAUAUCAAGAAACCCAAUGUUUUCAAAUAUAUUGGCCGUGGUGGCUAUACAACUCCUUAUACGCAGCGUUUCUUCUCAAAACGUUACCAAUGAGUAUUUGAACCACCAAUGCAACAACACCCAAGGGACAUACACGCGGGGGAGUACGUUUGAGAAGAAUCUCAACCAAGUCAUCCAUAACAUCUCCCACCUUCAUCUUCGCAACGGUUACACCUACGAAUCCAAUGUUGUGGCUUAUGAAGUUAGUAAGGAUCCCAACAUUGUCUUCGUUUUGCUCCAGUGCCGUGGUGACUCGUACGGGUCUAAGUGCCACUCCUGCCUCCAUACAGCCCUCUCUGGGCUUCGUGAGAGAUGUCCGGGAAACAGAGGAGCAAUAAUAUGGUACGACCAGUGUGUUUUGGAGAUUUCUUCAAUUAAUACCAAGGGGAGGAUUCGUUACGAUAGUUUUUUCAAUAUGACCAACCUGAAGAAUGUGAGUAGCGAUGCGGAGCAGUUUAAAAAUAAAAGGAAAGAUCUCUUCAACAAGCUAUUGGUAAAAGCCACUAAGGAUGUAAGCGAAAAGAAUGGUUGGUACGCAGUGGGUGAGACGAGGAUAGGGAGAAAUAAGUUGUAUGCAAUGAUGCAGUGUGCGCUAGACUUAACGCCGAACGGUUGCUAUGUGUGUCUAGAAUGGAUUACCGGUAGGUAUGAUAGUUACUACUUCGACCGUAGACAAGGAGGGAGAGUUUUGGGUAGGAGUUGUAGCUUAAGGUAUGAGCUUUACCCUUUUCUUAGAAGGUAAAAGGACUUUUAGAUGAGAGCUCCAUUUCUCUCUACCUCUCACGUUUACUUGUUUGAUUUUCUCUUCUCUUAAAGAGAUAUAAAACACUCAGGAGAAAUAGUAUGGUAUGGAGAGACUUUUUCAAACAAUUAUUUAGAUCGUAUGUGUGUUUUAUAUAUAUAUUUUUAAUAGCUUUUAUGUAAUAGUUUCAGUACAAGGUCAUUUUCCAAGUAUAUAGAUCAAGGUCGGAUUUUAACAUA